UGAAGUAAGUGAAGCAAAUGAGAACUCUAGUGAAAGCAAAGCAAAUCAGAACCUCUGUGAAAGCAAAGCAAAUCAGCACCUUCAUGAAAGUAAAGCAAAUCACAAUCCAAGCGAAAGUGAUGCAAAUCCAAAUCUCUGUGAAAGUGGAGCAAGUUUGAACCCUUAUAAAAGCAAAGCAAGUCUGAACUCCCAUGAAAGUAAAGCAAGUCUGAACUCCCAUGAAAGUGAAGCAACAAAUUUGAAUACUUGUGAAAGUGAUGCAAAUCUGAAUCUCAGUGAAAGUGAAGAAAAUCUAAAUCUCUGUGAAAGUGAAACAAUCUAA